ACGGCCCGCCCCCCGGGCCGCAUAUCCCGCCCGCAGGGGGCUCAUCCCCAGCGGGGCCCGCGCUCCGGGGCAGCGGGCGGCUUCCCCUCAGGCGUGUUCGGGCAGUGGCGGGCUCGUCCUGCAGAGCCCUUGGAGCCUUCCACCCCGUCCCUCCAUGUCCAUAGCCAGCAAGCAUUUCUCUCAUAAUGAGUUCUGAAUUAAACGUCCCGGUGGAUCCUUCCACUCCUGCUUGCUGCUCUGAGCCUGGCACAAAGGGCAUGGAUUAUCGGGACUGGGUCCGGCGCAGCUACCUGGAAUUGGUCACAUCCAACCACCAUUCCGUGCAAGCCCUUUCCUGGAGAAAGUUGUACCUGAGCCGGGCCAAACUGAAAGCCUCCAGCAGAACCUCUGCUCUGCUCUCUGGAUUUGCAAUGGUGGCCAUGGUGGAGGUGCAGCUGGAGGUGCAGUACAAGUACCCCCAGAUGCUGCUGAUCGCCUUCAGCGCCUGCACCACGGUGCUGGUGGCCGUUCACCUCUUCGCCCUCCUCAUCAGCACCUGCAUCCUGCCCAACGUGGAGGCUGUGAGCAACAUCCACAACCUGAACUCCAUCAGCGAGUCCCCGCACGAGCGCAUGCACCCCUACAUCGAGCUGGCCUGGGGCUUCUCCACCGUGCUGGGAAUCCUCCUUUUCCUUGCCGAAGUCGUGCUCCUGUGCUGGAUAAAAUUCCUGCCAGUGGGCUCCAUCCUGAAAAACGAGACCACCAACGUGGAGAAGCCCAGCAGCCACGCGGGGUGGCAGUCAGCACUGGUGUCCACCAUCAUCAUGGUCCCCGUGGGUCUGAUUUUUGUCGUCUUCACCAUCCACUUCUACCGCUCCUUGGUGCGGCACAAAACGGAGCGGCACAACCGGGAGAUCGAGGAGCUCCACAAACUGAAAGUGCAGCUAGAUGGGCAUGACAGAGGCAUGCAGGUGGUGUGACAGAGCCUGCACACAGCUCAGCCAGCGCUGAGAGCAAGAUACCUGGGCUGCUGCUUGGUGAGCUGCACCAGGGAUGGAUUUUCUUGAGGCUUAAAUCUGUAAAUGCUACUUGCCUGCCAUUUCUAGCUGUGGGUUCUUGUGCUGUUCCACGUGAUGGGGGCUCUGCCCUGGUUCUGGUCCCACACACUUGGUACUUAAGUUGACACUGCCAUGGUGUUCAAGGUCAAAACUUUAUCUACCUUAACACUGGUAGCCAAAAAUCAAUAUUUUUUACAAAUGCAAUAUUCCAUUGCCAAAAGUGAAACUGCAUUGGCUGUCCCAAAAGCCUCUGUGUGUGUAUGUGUGUGUAGGACCUGUCUUACAUGUCAGAACUCCCUGGCUGUCAGUGCAGCCACAAUUAACUGGCAGCUCAUUCCUAGAGCAGAGCUGAUUAAUGUGGGUACCUGCAGCUGACUCAAGGACAUCCAGGAAAGCACAACAAAAACUGAGAAUGUUGAUCACCAUUUUUCCAAAGCAAGUAUUCUGUAAAUACAUAACCAGAAAGAAAACAGCAUUAGCUUUUAUGUUCUUUUCUUGCUGUUCUUUAUUAUAUUUUUACAGCUUGGGAUGUAGAAAUUUGAAUUGCAGGAGGCUGGGAAGUUCUCUUGCACUUUCUUCAGUGGCUUUGUCACUUUAGGUUGAGUAAGUGCCAAGAUCGUGUUUUUCCCAAUAAGAGGCAGGAGUGCCCAGGGAAGGCUUACAGGUGUUUUAGAUUUAACAAGGACAUUCUUGAAACGGAACAGUGGCAGGGAAUUUAAUGAGACAAGACUUUGAAGGACUAACAAAGCAAGUUUCAAGGAGGUAAAGGAAUGACAGCAAGUAUAGUAGAAAUCUGCCAGUGUCUUCUUCAUUUGUGCAUUGCUCUGAUGCCUUUUGCCUGGUUUGCUGGAGAGAGCAAGCCCAGUACUGUGUUAUUUCAUAUUUUGUUCUUUUUUUUUUCUUUUUUAAAUUGGCUGUAGCAUUUUUCUGUCAGAAAUGAAUGCUUCCUUCUCCCUCCACCAAAGCAGGACUCCUCUAGUGGAACCUGGAGCAGUCCUGGUGAGCCUGAUUGAGCUGGAUCUGGCAGGAAUGCUGUAUGCCAUUAAAGAGCUAUCCCUUUCCUUUGAGCUAAUUUCUUUUUUCAGCAACUGAGACAAUGACACUUGCAUGUCUGUGUUGCUGAGCAAGGGAAGCUUGUAAAUUCCAUAGCAUCCUCGUGGGUGAAAACUUCUGUACAAAAAACCCCCAAUUUUAUUAAUUUUGGUAACUUUGUAGAGAGAAAAGAGUGUUUAGCAAUCAUCAGCUCUUUUAAGGGAAAGUCAGGCUUUCUGACACAUAGGGCUGCAAGAAGCAUAAGCACAUUUUCUUGGCCCUGAUCCUGUGCUAGUUUCCUCCUCUGCACUCCAAAACUGCAGUUUCAGAGUCUCUGAGGCCUUAUAGGUUUCUGAAAUCAUUAAGGAUGUUUAUAAUGUUCUAUUUAACCCUGGGCCCUUAUUCCACUGGGAUUUGAGGCAGUGUAAUACAUGUCAGCUUCCCAGAAGGGAGUACAAACCCCAGGGCAGCAGGGUGAGAUUAUCCCAAUACUCCUCUCUGUCAAGGGCUUUGGGAAACCACCUCUCAUCUCUCUUGUUUACAUGGGAAUGUGAGCAUUGCUGAACAAGUUGCUUAGCACUGUGUCUGUGGCUUUCAUCUGCUGUUCUUGCUGCAGUUGGCAUGUACCAUAUUGGCUGAUGUGCAGCAAAGAAAAUGUCUUUGUGUGCUAAAUAACUAAUCUGUACUCAUCUGCAUAUGCAAAACAAGGAGUGUCCUCCAGGAAGUGGGGUGGUCGUGAAAUUAUAUAAAUUCCCCAGGACUCUGCACUUUCUCCCUCCUCUUUUUACCAUAAUAAAAAUUAAAAGGUUUAUACAACA